CAUAAAUGCCUAGCCUUGAAUUCACGACAUGAAAUAGUUCCCAUCACUUUGUCACCAAAACAGCAGAGCUUUGGAGUUAAAGCACUCGAUUUCCGCCACGUCACCAUCUCAGUUUCGAAUCAACGAUAAGAAACGUACUAAAAAAAUCACAGCCAUCACAGCCAUCCCGCCCAGCUGUAACCUUAGCUUUUCCCUCUCCUUCAAAGCUAAACCCGAAUCCAAAUGUGAAUCCAUCAGCAACUCCCACGACUAAAAACCAAAUCCUUAAAUUACCAAAUUGCCCCCCUUCUUUUGAAUGCCUUCUUCUUCUUCUUCUUCUUCUUCCUCCAAUUCAUUCUCUGGGUUCAGAAAAAUGACACCCAUUUGACAAGCAACAACAAACUCAAAGUGGAAACUCCGAAAACUUCACUCUCUGGAGAUAGAUUUUAAGAGGGAGAGAAAAAAAAAGCUCUGAAAUCGAAAUGGGGUUCUUCACAAAACGAUGAAAACAGAGGAUUCAGAGUUUUGAAGAGAAAUCAAAGAAGAAUAAUGGGUGGUUUUAUUAAUUUCGCCAUUUCUCUGUUGUUCUUCGUUCUCCCGUUUUCAUCGGCUCCACUUGUCUCCGGAAAUUCAGAAGUGAAAGCGCUGAUGGAGCUGAAGGCAUCUCUGGACCCGGAAAACAGAGUACUGAGAUCGUGGACAGUCACCGGCGACCCCUGCGGCGGCGCGUUCGACGGCGUGGCCUGCAACGAGCACCGGAAAGUGGCCAACAUCUCGCUGCAAGGCCGGGGCCUCUCCGGCAAGGUGUCGCCGGCGGUCGCGGAGCUCAAGUGUCUGUCGGGACUGUACCUGCACUACAACAAUUUGUCCGGCGAGAUUCCCAGAGAAAUUUCAACUCUCACUGAACUUGCUGAUCUUUAUCUCGACGUCAACAAUCUCUCCGGCGAGAUUCCGGUCGAGAUCGGAAAUAUGUCCAGUCUUCAAGUGUUACAGAUUUGUUGCAAUCAAUUGAGUGGAACUAUACCAUCUCAAAUAGGAUCUUUAGAGAAGCUCACAGUUCUUGCUUUACAACACAACAGAUUAAGUGGUGAAAUCCCCACAUCCUUAGGAAGCUUACAAAUCCUCAGAAGGCUGUAUUUGAGCUUCAACAAUUUCAGUGGCAGAAUUCCCUUCAAAAUCUCCACAAUCCCUCAGUUGGAAGUUGUAGAUGUCAAGAACAACUCCCUCUCUGGCUCUGUCCCUCCUGGUAUGAGGAGACUAAAUGAAGGGUUUCAAGGGGAGAACAAUCCAGGUUUAUGUGGAGCUGGGUUUGCCAAAUUGAGGAAUUGUACAGUUUUUGACAGUGAAACCAUUACAGGUGAUGGGUUUCAGCUUAUUCCAUCAGAAACAAACACUACUGCUGCUCAAAGGACUAUCCCUGAAUCUGCUGACUUUUAUAAUGGCAAUUGCAAUCAACUUCAUUGUUCAAAGUCCAGAAGAGUUCCAAAAAUUGCAGUUGUUUCUGCUGUGCUUAUUGUGUCUGUGGUUUUGAUGGUGGCUGUGAUUCUGACUCUGUUUUGGUACCGUCGCCGCAAGCAGAAGAUUGGGAACUCGUCUGUCUCGUGCGAUGAUCGGCUCAGCACGGAUCAGGCUCGGGAAUUCUACUCGAAGAGUGCUUCCCCACUUGUGUGUCUCGAGUAUUCUCGUGSAUGGGAUUCUCUGGCUGAUGGAAUCAAAGGUUUGGGAUUCUCUCAGAAUCUAAGCAAGUUCAAUUUCAACAUUGAAGAGGUUGAAUCUGCAACUCAGUACUUCUCUGAGGCCAAUUUGCUUGGUAGGAGCAGUUUUUCAAUGGUUUAUAAAGGAGUUCUGAAGGAUGGUUCUUCUGUAGCCAUUAGGAGUAUUAGUAUGACCAGUUGCAAGUCGGAAGAAGCCGAGUUUCUUCGAGGAUUGAACUUGUCGAGUUCUCUACGACACGAAAACCUCGUUAGUUUGAGAGGCUUCUGUUGUUCGAGGGGCCGAGGGGAGUUCUUUCUCAUAUACGACUUUGUUCCGAGGGGGAACUUGUCUCGUUAUCUUGAUGUUGAAGAUGGUAGUAUUCAUGUUCUUGACUGGUCUAAGAGAGUUUCCAUCAUCAAUGGCAUUGCAAGAGGMAUUGCAUAUUUACAUCGCAAAGAAGAAAAUAAACCUACCAUGGUUCACAAAAACAUAUCCGUCGAGAAAAUCCUCAUAGAUCAUCAGUUCAAUGCAUUGAUCUCGGACUCGGGCCUCUCCGGGCUUCUUGCCGAUGACAUUGUCUACUCAGCUCUCAAAACCAGCGCAGCCAUGGGAUAUCUAGCACCAGAAUACAUUACGAUCGGUCGUUUCACUGAGAAGACUGACAUAUACGCAUUUGGAAUCAUCAUACUUCAAAUUCUCUCGGGGACGCGAAAACUUACGAACUCCCUACUGUUGGAGGCCAAAGUAUGCCAAUUCGAGGAUUUUAUCGACAAAAACCUAAAGGGAAGUUUCUCCGAGUCCCAAGCUAGAAAGCUAGCAAAUCUUGCACUAUCAUGUACCAAUGAGCUCCCCAUCAACAGGCCAACCAUUGAAGACUUGAUACAGGAGCUGGCCAAAACGUAGUUGCCUUUCAGCUAUAGGAGCACC